CUCGUUGUUUUGCCGCCAAAAUCAGUUUUGUAACCUGUUGAUGGUUCUUUUGGAGUUGUUCAAGUUCUAACAUUGUUGAUUACGAUAAUCUGGCGUGUAAUAAACAUCGUACGCAGUUUGUGAACGUGAUUUAAUGUGUGUUGUGGGUUAUCUACCUACACUAGAAACAUGGGAGAUGUGCAACGGAUGCGCAGCGAAAUAACUUCGACUUUCAAACUUAGUGGAUUCACAUUGAGGAAGGAUGCGAGCGUUUAUCUGGCUGAACAGCUCCUGCAAUUGCCUCCAGCAGAACGAUCCAAGAUGCUCGAGAAGCUCGCAGCUCACUUGCUCCACCAAUGUAUUUCCCAACCUAUCUUAGAGAAAGAUCACAUAGAAAUUGCUUACAAAGAGUGUUCGACAGCAGGUCUCGAAGAACAUGAAACUAUUUUAAAUGUCAUAGACGCGUUUAGUAUACCUAAGCUCUGUUACAAUCACGAACUGAAGAAAUUCGUUAAAGACGUGGAUACAUCGAAAUGUUUACUUCCUGAUCCAAAAUGGAAGUCUCGAUUUGUAAUAGACCGCUACACAGUUAUCUGGCAGAGAACGCUAAGGAACAAUCUCUUCACUGCAGAUCCUGUCAAUUCAUCUGAAAGUGAAAAACGUUUCCGAUUGCGCAAAGUGGAGUUUUUACUAAGUUGCUCUAGUAGGGUUGAUGAUGUAGUAGUUUUAGGCUUGCUUACUCAAGUUAUUGAGAGAAAGUAUCAUUUAGAAGACCCUACAGGAACUAUACUGCUUGAUAUGACAGAUGUGAGAUACCAUUCAGGUUUGUUCAUGGAAGGAAGCUUUGUGCUCGCAGAAGGGUACUAUGAUGACAAAGUACUACAUGUAACUGGUCUUGUCCAACCUCCUGUAGAGCCCAGAGAAGCUUCAGCACCUUAUUUCGGCAACUUGAAUGUGUUUGGAGGAAAAUCAAAGUCAUCUCUUAAAAAUUCAAAAGCUCUCUUGAAAAUUGAACAAGAAAACCGAGAUGGGGUGAUCGUUUUUGUAUCCGAUGUUUGGCUAGACAGCCCUAAAGUAAUGGAUAGUUUGAAGAAAUUAUUUGCUGGAUUUGAAGAUUAUCCACCGAUAGCAAUUGUACUCAUUGGCGAAUUUCUCUCUUGCCCUUACACAUAUAAGUUCCAUAUGCAUUUGAAGAAUGGACUGAACAGUUUAGCAGAUACUAUUUGUCAAUUUAAGCAGUUAAAAGAGAAAUGUAAGUUUAUUUUUGUACCUGGAAAGACAGAUCCUGCGGCAGCAAAUGUCUUACCGAGGCCACCAUUACCAAAUUAUCUAACAGAAACAAUACAGAAGAAACUCGGAGACAAUGCAAUAUUUACAACAAAUCCGUGCCGGAUACAGUACUGUACUCAAGAGAUUGUUGUAUUUAGACAUGACUUGGUCAUGAAGUUAUGUAGAAAUACUUUACACUUUCCGGACAGUGGGGAUAUUCCAGACCAUUUAACAAAAACAUUAUUAAGUCAGUGCUGCUUAACACCGCUGUCUAUAGGAGUCCAACCGGUCUUUUGGAAGCAUUCUAGUGCCUUAAAUCUGUAUCCAUUACCCGAUUUAGUUAUUAUCGCAGAUCAUUUUCAACCUUUUGUAAGAAACUAUAAGGAUUGUCAAGUUGUUAAUCCAGGGUCAUUUCCUAGAACCGAGUUUACUUUUAAUGUGUAUAUCCCAGCGACUAGAGUAGUAGAAGAAUCACAAAUACCUAAUGAUGAUGAUACAUGAUAUUUUUUACGAUUAUUAUAUUAUUAAAUUAAGUUUUAAAAUAACAAGUAACGAUUGUGAUAAUAAUGAUUUUUGUAUAUUAAUUCCAUCUCAUGUACUUGAAAUAUAAACUGAC